AAGUAAAAGUUAAAUACCAGAGAGAAGCACAUUCUUUACGAUUCAACUUUUGUUUAUAAAGCUCUAUUUCAAGGUUUAAUUAGUUUAAAAAUUAUCAUUCUUUUAUAUAUGUAUUUUAAAAUCCGACAGUCUAUCAGAUUGCGCUUCGUACGUUUGGCAGCAUUUCGCGACGGUUUAAACUGGAAACUAAAAAAAUAGUUUUACCUUGAAUUCGAGGACACGUCACUGUAUUUCCGAGUGGAGUACACUACCAGGUUGAAGAAGGAAUCAGGCUUGGGAAAAUAUGGGCGGGUUUUUUUCCAGUCUCUUCUCCGGCCUCUUUGGCUCCAGAGAGAUGCGGAUCUUGAUCCUGGGACUGGACGGCGCCGGGAAGACCACCAUUCUUUACAGGCUUCAGGUCGGAGAAGUCGUCACCACCAUUCCUACUAUUGGUUUCAACGUGGAGACUGUGACAUACAAGAAUCUGAAAUUUCAAGUGUGGGAUCUCGGGGGUCAGACCAGUAUCAGGCCAUACUGGCGGUGUUAUUACUCCAACACGGAUGCAGUGAUCUACGUGGUGGACAGCAGUGACCGGGAUAGGAUGGGAAUUUCCAAGUCAGAGUUGGUGGCAAUGUUGGAGGAAGAGGAACUGAAGAAGGCAAUCCUGGUAGUGUUUGCUAACAAGCAAGACAUGGAACAGGCGAUGACACCUACAGAGGUGGCAAACUCCUUAGGCCUCCCGGCACUCAAGGACAGGAAGUGGCAGAUCUUCAAAACGUCGGCAACCAAGGGUACAGGACUGGAUGAGGCCAUGGAGUGGCUUGUGGAAUCGCUGAAGAGCAGACAGUGAUGUCAGCAGUGACCUGUUACUCGUCCCCCCUGCCCCCACACCCUGUGUAAAUACUCCUCAGUUACACCCAGCACUCUAUUCCAACCCAGGGAAGAAGUUGCAGCUCCUGCUGCAGCGGAAGGACAUUACACUAGCAAGGUGUUGGGAGUUGCACACAGUCUCCAGGUUAAACAGCUGUCCUGACACUCCGUGUGCUAGUCUUUUGUAUGGGUACCCAUUCCUUUUUAAUUCCCAUGUGCAAGAUUUAUUGAGUUGUGUGGUCAGAUUUCAUUCUUUGCACUGAGAUUUUCGGACUGCUGUUUUGCUAUGUUUUAGUUGACACUAACUCUUUUGGUUUUCCACACCUUUUCUGCAUAUUUAUUUAUCGGCUUAAACGUGGAGCGGACUCGUAAAUUUACAUGAAUUCACACUGAAUAAAUCAAAAGGGUUAUUCAGUUUCAAAACACGGCCUGUUUUAUUGUUCAGUAUUCAUUCCUGGACUCAGGUGUGUGUUGUGUCGUGUCCACCAGGAGAUUUCCAAGCUUGACAUUUGUCCAAUUUUAGUACAUAGCACUCAGUGCAGUUAAUCUUACAUUACACCUUCACAACUCAUUGACAAUUGUACAGAGCAAUCAUCUUUAAUAAAAAAGAAUACAAUAGCAA